GAGCUCCUCGGCUUCUCUCCGCCGCCAUGCUGGUCCUGUUCGAGACCGCGGCCGGAUACGCUAUUUUCAAAGUUCUGGAUGAGAAGAAGCUCCAGGAAGUCGAUAGUUUAUGGAAAGAGUUUGAAACACCUGAAAAAGCAAAUAAAAUAGUGAAAUUGAAGCACUUCGAAAAGUUUCAGGACACAACAGAAGCUCUUGCAGCAUCCACAGCUCUGGUGGAAGGCAAGAUCAGCAAAAACUUGAAGAAGAUUUUAAAGAAGAUUGUAGCUAAAGAUGCCCACGAACAGUUAGCUGUAGCAGAGGCCAAGCUGGGAGGCGUAAUAAAGGACAAGCUGAACUUAAGUUGCAUCCACAGUCCGAUGGUCACCGAACUGAUGAGGGGCAUCCGUUCCCAAAUGGAAGGACUCAUCACGGGCCUGCCGUCGCGGGAAAUGGCAGCUAUGUGCUUGGGGCUGGCACACAGCCUCUCACGGUACAAGCUGAAGUUCAGCCCUGACAAAGUCGACACGAUGAUCGUCCAAGCAAUUUCCCUCCUUGAUGACCUGGACAAAGAACUAAACAACUACAUCAUGCGCUGUAGAGAAUGGUACGGAUGGCAUUUUCCUGAACUGGGCAAAAUUAUCACCGAUAACUUAACAUACUGUAAAUGCCUAAAGACAAUUGGGGACAGAAGAAAUUUCUCCAGUUCCGACCUGUCGGAGGUCCUGCCUGAAGACGUCGAAGAGGAGGUGAAAGCUGCCGCGGAAAUUUCCAUGGGAACCGAAGUGUCCGAAGAAGAUAUAAGCAACAUUCAGCAUCUCUGUGACCAGGUGAUUGAGAUCUCGGACUAUCGAACGCAGCUGUAUGAUUAUCUCAAAAACAGAAUGAUGGCCAUCGCGCCUAACCUUACUGUCAUGGUCGGAGAGCUAGUUGGAGCAAGGCUUAUCGCUCAUGCGGGUUCUCUGUUAAAUCUGGCUAAGCAUCCCGCUUCAACGGUUCAGAUUUUGGGGGCUGAAAAGGCUCUCUUCAGAGCCCUGAAGACCAAACGCGAUACCCCCAAGUUCGGUCUGAUUUAUCACGCUUCCCUUGUGGGGCAAACGACAGCCAAAAACAAAGGAAAGAUCUCGCGGAUGUUGGCAGCCAAGACAGCCUUGACCAUUCGCUACGACGCCCUGGGAGAGAGCACCAGCGCCGAGAUGGGGGUUGAGAACAGGCUGAAAGUGGAAACGCGGCUGAGGCACCUGGAGGAGAAGGGGAUAAGACGAAUAAGUGGCACAGGAAAAGCCUUGGCCCGGGCAGACAAAUAUCAGCAUAAGAGUGAGGUGAAGACGUAUGACCCUUCUGGGGAAUCCACACUCCCUCUGGUUCCAAAGAAGCGCAAAAUUGAAACGGGAGAGGAGGAGACAGAGACACCAGUGAAAGCGAAGAAGGCUAAAGUCGUGGAAAUCAAAGAAGAGCCAGAAGAGACGCAAGAGGAGGAGGAACCUGUCAAGAAGAAGAAAAAGAAGAAACAAAAGGAGGUGGUGGUUUCUGUGGAAGAGGUGGAAGAAGAAGAGGAGCAGCCAACCACCAGCACAGCAGUAGAGAAUACAGAGAAGAAAAAGAAGAAGAAGAAAAAGAUGAAAAUUAAAGAGGAACCAGAAGAUGACUAAAAGAGAGAAGCUGCGAGCUCCU